UUCAUCUAAUCUAGAGUUCAAGGUACCUUACACGAGGUUUGGUUUGGUUCACUGGGCUCUCUAUCAUUCAUCUCUACAACUGGUGACCAGUGUGUUUGUCUCCACACGAGCCUUUUAAAAUCAAAGAGACCAUGGGAGAGUGGGGUUUCCUGUCCUCUCUACUGGACAAGGUCCAGUCCCACUCCACCGUCAUCGGGAAGGUCUGGCUCAUUGUUCUUUUCAUCUUCAGGAUCAUGAUCCUCGGAGCUGGAGCAGAGAAGGUGUGGGGUGAUGAGCAGUCAAAUAUGGUUUGCAACACCAAACAGCCUGGUUGCAAGAACGUCUGCUAUGACCAAGCCUUCCCAAUCUCACACAUUCGAUUCUGGGUCCUCCAGAUUAUCUUUGUGUCAACUCCAACGCUGAUCUACCUCGGCCACGUCCUCCACAUUAUCCACAAAGAAAAUAAGAUGAGAGAACAGACGCUGACCUACUCCAAGACCGGAAUUGUCAAAGUUCCAAAGUACUCCGACGACAAAGGCCACGUCAAAAUUAAAGGCGACCUGCUGGGAAACUACAUGACCUCUAUUUUCUUCAGAAUCCUCCUGGAGGUAGCGUUCAUUGUUGGGCAGUAUUAUCUCUAUGGGUUCAUCAUGGACCCAAGAGUGGUCUGCACCCGAGCCCCUUGUCCAUUUACCGUGGAGUGCUACAUGUCUCGGCCAACAGAGAAGACCAUCUUCAUUAUCUUCAUGCUGGUGGUGUCCAUCAUCUCUCUCGUACUGAACGUAGCGGAGAUCUUCUACCUGGGGUGUACUCGCUCAAUCAGGCAAAGGUCUAAAACACAUAAAGCAUCAAUUGCCAUUCACACUCGUUUAAACGGGGACACUCUUAUGUAACACGAGAAGCUGUGUCUCCAUUAUGUCAGCCACAACACAGCCUGAAGAAGGCUUCCUGUCCAAUGUGCAAAAUGAAAACGUUACAUAGUUACCAAGUAACAGGACAAAUAGAAAGUCAAAAGCAGUUGUUUAAAAUAACACAAACAGUUAUUUAUUCAUGUUAUACUAAGGAAAAUACUGAAAGUGAAAACGUGUCCAGUAAGGGCUGUUAGUGCUGCUUUGCUUAUCCUUUUGUUUUUCUAAAUAUCAUUCAAUUUGCAGACAUAACUCUCAGGACUGUAAAUAUUUUAAUAACAAAUAAUUCAUUUUGUUGAUGUUUUGUAUUUGAACAUGACUGUGCAGGUGUUUGUAACUAACUGUACAAAUAAAGGUUGGAGGUUAAUACAAAACAUCUCAUACAGCAUCCACAAUUUAGUUUCACGAUCUUUCAUGAUUUCUCAAGCUGGAAUUUUUGACAUUCAUCCUGCAAUGUAGCAGACGAGGCAUUUAUCUAAACUUGUUAAUUUACCUCGUGACACGUUGGAGGGACCCUGAUCCUUACAUUUAUACACAGUUCUUUAUAGCCUGUUAGAAUUAGCAUACACUUUGAUGGAUCUGUAUUUAUAAUCUAAUAUCAUUUAGGAUAAUCAGUCACAGUAAACCAACCAAAUACGUUCACCUGGCUGUUUGAGAGAAAAACGUGAAUCUUUUAGAAAAAACAAUAUUAGCAUGAGUGCAUAUUUGGUGGCGCUUGUACAUUGAAUAGGAUGUAGACUAUGUACUAUACUUGCAUGUAAGAUGUUUACAUAUUGAGGGUUUGGUGACCAUCGACCUGGCUGUCAUUUGUAAUUUGUCCCUUGUGUUUUCCGACGGCGGCUAUAAAAGUCUCUGAUAGCAAACAGAUCUGGGAUACUUCUUUAUUUGGUCAUUUUCUUUAAAUGCAAUAACGAUGGUCCUGUAUCCGGCCAAUUUAAGGUAAUAGUAAUAAUAAAUACCUGUUGAGUAAUUCCACAACGUGUACUUGAAAAAGCAGAUAUUUUAACAACUGGACCAUUACAACGAAAGAGAAUAAGAAUCGAUGAAAUCGCUCAAAUUCGAUUAUCGAAAGCGUUGGCAACGAAUUUCAUUAUCGAUUCGUUGUGUCGGAUCAAAGAAAGACGCGGAAUGCUUUUGUCUGUAUAUAUUUUUAUUACUAUUGCAUCAACGUGACUUAAUUUAAUAUUGCACUUUUUGUAUAUACUGUGGAUGUAGUAAAAUGACCUGUUCACUGUU